GCCUCAUACCUGCUGCACACUUACUCAUGUCACAAAGCACCAGCGACCACCAUGGUGACGAGACGUCAGAGCAGACAUUAAAGGACUAAUCUGAAGUCAGUAACUGACAGUGGCUAAGUUUCUUCCCCACUGGAUAUGUCAAGUGAUAUUUCAUAUGCACUCAGCAUGGAUCCACUACAAGUGACGCACUCGCAUGGAUAUUAUUCGUCGUAACGUAUAGCUUGGGACGAUUGCUUCAGCAUAAUCACCUAGAUCAUUUUUCCCCGGCUGGACUGGAAGGUUUGAGAUGGCAGCUAUGGGAGAGAUCGGGACGUUUUUGCAGAGCCUGGAAGGUUUCGGACAGGUCGGUUCACAGUUCUUCCUGCCACCUCUAGGAGAAAACCUCGGGCUGUUGAAUGAUCAUUUAUUUCCAGCAGAGAGACUGUCACGGAGCACCUCCGCAGAUCUCACGCACUUGAAAGGGAUCCUGCGGAGAAGACAGUUGUACUGCAGGACUGGAUUUCACCUUGAAAUUCUCCCGGAUGGCAGUGUGCAGGGCACCAGAAAGGACCACAGUCGCUUCGGUAUUUUGGAAUUCAUAAGCCUUGCAGUUGGGUUAAUAAGCAUCCGUGGAGUGGACAGUGGUCUCUACCUUGGGAUGAACGACAAGGGAGAACUUUAUGGCUCAGAGAAACUCACAGCAGAAUGUGUUUUCCGUGAGCAAUUUGAGGAGAACUGGUACAACACAUACUCUUCUAAUCUCUACAAGCACGGAGAAAGAGGAGCAAGAUAUUUCGUGGCUCUCAACAAGGACGGGACUCCGCGGGAUGGGACAAAAUCUAGGAGACAUCAAAAGUUCACUCACUUUCUUCCAAGACCCGUGGACCCUGAAAAAGUUCCAGAACUUUAUAAAGAGGUGCUCGGACACAGUUGAGACUUUUCAGGGAUGUGCAGUUUCUUCGCUUCAUGAGGAGGAGAUAUGAAAACGUUUGGUCACCGCAUCCAAACCUGCUCUGGAAAUGCACUGGCCAGUACAGAUGGAGAAGAGAUGGUGUCUUUGUUGCUGGUUCAAACUGACUAGCAGCAUGAAACAAAAAACCUGAGACUUCUGGAGGUUGUAAACAAAGUGCUGCUUCGCUCUGGAAAUAUUCAAUAUGGGUUAAGAAGGACUUGAAGGAACAAUCCUUACGUGAUGCUCAGAGAUGACAGAACUGGGACGCUGGAGAACAAGAGAUGCCAUCUCACAGGAUGUUAUUUAUACAGUUCUUGAUACGCAUAUUUAUUGUAUGUAUUUAUUUAUUUGAAAAUACAAAUAUAUAUAUUUUUACAUCUAAAAGUAGAUUGUUGUUUUUGUUAUUAGACCAAGUGGUAGAAGGUGCUUUGAAAUAGUGGCAAAGCUGUUCUUUUUAUAUGACGGUUGCUUGCUAUCACCGCUAUAAUAUUAUGGAGGGCAAGAUUGUGAUUUCCUUUUGCAAAUGUAUGAAGAAUGCCAUGAGACUCUGUGAUUUUUAGUUUUGUUUCAAGCUCAAUUUUCUCAAAAUGGCAUGCUGCACAGUACAUUUU